AUGGAUCUGGAGCCGUAUUUAUGGAUGGUCAUCGUUGGCUUCAUCAUCGCCUUCGUGCUAGCCUUCUCGGUGGGGGCUAACGACGUAGCUAACUCGUUCGGGACGGCGGUGGGGUCCGGGGUGGUGACCCUGAAGCAGGCUUGCAUCCUGGCCUCCAUCUUCGAGACCUUGGGCUCCAUGCUGCUGGGGGCCAAAGUCGGGGAGACCAUCCGGAAAGGCAUCAUCGACGUCAACCUGUACAACGAGACGGUGCCGGUGCUGAUGGCGGGCGAGGUCAGCGCCAUGGUCGGUUCCGCAGUGUGGCAGCUCAUCGCCUCCUUCCUCAAACUGCCCAUCUCUGGGACUCAUUGUAUCGUCGGGGCAACCAUCGGCUUCUCCAUGGUCGCCAUCGGCACCAAGGGCGUUCAGUGGAUGCAGCUGGUUAAGAUUGUCGCUUCCUGGUUCAUCUCCCCCCUGCUCUCUGGACUCAUGUCUGGGUGCCUGUUCCUGCUCAUCAGACACUUCAUCCUCAACAAGGACGAUCCAACUCCCAACGGCCUUCGCGCUCUCCCCGUGUUCUAUGCCACCACCAUCGGCAUCAACACCUUCUCCAUCCUCUACACCGGAGCCCCGCUGCUCGGAUUAGAAAGUCUCCCGGUUUGGGCCAUAUUCCUUAUCACGUUAGCCGGUUCGCUAGUCUGCGCGGCGGUGGUCUGGUUCAUCGUCUGUCCCUGGAUGAGAAAGAAAAUAGCAAGUCGUUUAAAGAAAGAACAGGCUCUGUCCAGGAUUUCCUCUGAGAGUCUGGACAAGAUCCCGGAGGAGGAGGAGGAAAGCCCGGUGUUCAAAGAGCUGCCGGGGCCCAAAGGCAGCGACGAGGCCGUGCUGCCCCUGACCGGCUCUGACCGCACCACAAGGGAGUCCACCGGCGACCUGACCACCCAGGCCAACGGGAACAAUGUCUUGCCCAACGGCAGGGUCUAUGGUCGGACUCACUCCAUGACCAACGGCUGCCUGAAGUCCCCGGUCUCCAACGGUAGCUUCAGCUUCGACGGCCACAUGCGCAGCGACGGCCAGGUCUACCACACGGUCCACAAGGACUCGGGUCUCUACAAGGACCUGCUGCACAAGAUCCACCUCGGGCGCAUGGACGACGGGGACCGUGCCAACGCCGGCCCCGCGGACAACAACUACCGCACCCUGCGCCGCAACAACAGCUACACCUGCUACACGGCGGCCAUCUGCGGCAUGCCCGUGCAGCCGCUGAAGAGAACCGAGUCCAGGGACGACGGUGAGAAGCUGGUGGGGGGAGAGGGGGGAGGCGGCGGGGGAGGAGGGGGGAGGAGCAACAGCGUGUCCUACUCCAAGAAGAGGAUCCGCUACGACAGCUACUCGUCGUACUGCAACGCCGUGGCCGAGGCGGAGAUCGAGGCGGACGAGGGCGGGGUGGAGAUGAAGCUGGCCACGGAGCUGGAGGGGCUGCCGGAGGAGGGGGCGGGGCCAGAGGGGGCGCCGGACGACAUGGCGGACGAGGACCACGAGGAGAAGGACAAGUCUGAGGUCUUCCAGCUCUUCCACUUCCUGCAGAUUCUCACUGCGUGUUUCGGGUCGUUCGCCCACGGAGGCAACGACGUCAGUAAUGCCAUCGGCCCCCUGGUGGCGCUGUGGAUGAUCUAUGACCAGGGUGGCGUGAUGCAGGACGCCGCCACUCCCAUCUGGCUGUUGCUUUACGGUGGUAUUGGCAUCUGCGCCGGUCUGUGGGUGUGGGGCAGACGCGUGAUCCAGACCAUGGGCAAAGACCUGACCCCCAUCACCCCCUCCAGUGGAUUCACUAUUGAACUGGCCUCUGCCCUCACUGUCGUGUUCGCCUCCAAUAUCGGAAUCCCUGUCAGUACCACGCACUGCAAGGUUCCGCAGCAGACGCCAAGAAAACAUAACCUUUUCUUGCUCCUUCCUCCCACCAAAACCUCAGCGUUGCGGCAUGUCGUACGGCCUUUUUGCGGCAUGUUGUGUGGCCCUUUAGGUGGCAUGGCCGUGGCAGACUCUCAUUCUCUCCACGCAGACCAGCACCAGACGUUGUGUUCCAGCUUCUCACCUCUCCUCUCCAUCUCUCCCCACACAUUCUGUCUUUUCAGCGGAUUUUGCAUUGAAGUAAUGAGUGCGCUAACCGUGCUUGUUGCGUCAAAUGUGGGCAUCCCCAUAAGCUCCACCCACUGCAAGGUGGGCUCGGUGGUGGCCGUGGGCUGGAUCCGCUCCAAGAAGGCGGUGGACUGGAGGCUGUUCCGGAACAUCUUCCUGGCCUGGUUCGUGACUGUGCCGGUGGCGGGCCUGUUCAGCGCCGCCGUCAUGGCCCUGUUCGUCUACGGGAUCCUGCCUUUCGUCUGA